UGGCUAGUGUGAGAACGUAUGAGUGAUUGGGCACCGAUUAUUAAAUUAUAAGUUAUAAAAUGAAAUUAUUUUUAUUCUGUCAUCCAACCAAGGAAUUCGGCUCACGUGGCUGAUAUAAGAAUGUUUUUAAUUUCUUAUUAUUUUAUAGCUUAUUUGUCUAUUCGUACCGAGCGGAUGUACUAUAGACUGUCCCGUUUAAUGACCUGCGUGGCGUUAGGGUAGGUCCGGGAUUUCCGAGCGAGAGGGAUGUUGGGUCGGUGAAUAUGGGCCCUCGAGAAGACCGUGUUCUUUCUCCGUCUUACUUAAGUUUACUAUGACUCAAAUUACAAGCACUUGAAUGCCGGAGAAAAAGGAUAGUAAAUGAAAAGACGAAUGUAUAUAAAAAAACAUGUGUAGUAUAUUGACAGGUUAAAUUUUACAUAAAAAUAUAAUUUUAGACUUACCCAGAAGGGUUGAUAUACCUGCACACACACUCACUCCAAAUUCACCAGUUUGAAUUUGUGCACACAGGAAAUUACAAUGUUUAUGAUGGUUUUAUUGAGAUUCACAGGUUGAAUCUAUUCAAAUGAACGCACUGCACGCUGAACCGAAAGGCCGGCUUUGCCUUCGAGUGAAUUUGCUAUGAUUUUUAGGUUUUUAUUAGCUGAUUUAACUAUUCCCGAACAAGAACUCCGAUUUGGACGUCACGUGAAGGGGUUUAAUUAAUUUAAACGCGAACUCAAAUGAUUUUAUUUUAGGUAUCCAACCUAGGAGUCCAGAUGCCUAGGCGAAGGACCUCACGAGGAAAGGUUUUAAAGAUAAAAUUUAAGUCGCGUAAUUUAGAAUUUUUAGUAAAAGAAUCGAAUUGCGAUUAUCGAUCUAGGAGUCCGGUUGUGGAGCGUCACGAGAGCGAAUUUUGAAGUCGACUCAGUGAGUCUUACUCGCGGAUGGAUCCGACAAAGGUUUUGAUUAAAAAGUAAAGACUUUUGAUGUUAAAUUUCAAUAUUCAAGUCCGUUUAUCGAUCUAGGAGUCCGGUUGCCUGGGCUGUGGACCGUCACGAGAACGAAUUUUGGAAUCUUGCUCGCGGAUAGAUCCGACAAGGGUUUUAGUUGCGGCGGUAAUGACUGACUUUGAUUAUUUUUCAUGGGUUUAUAUAGCAAGGGUUUAAUAGAAAAGUGGGGCUGAAUGAUGUCACAUCUCUAAGACAAAAGUGGGUUAAAAAAAAAAGGGAGAAAAAUAAAAUAGAGAAGUUUUGAUUUUUGACAGCUGGGAGUAAAAUAUGAGGUUCAAGGGGUCACGGAAUUUUGAUAGCGACCGGAUGCAGAUAGAAAAAUAACUCCGUGGUGGACCGUGGGAUACCUUAAAAACAAUGUCUCUUUGACAAAUAUAUGAUGACAUUUAUUACCAAUAAUUUAGAUGCCCUCAAAGAAAAAUAAUUUUAGAAACAAAAAUCAAGAGGGAAAAAUUUCUUUUGGUAAAAAGGGAAAGAGAGGUUUCGCGGGGUGUCGUGAGACUUGGUCUCCAUAUCAAAUAUAUGAUGACUUUUACGAUCAAUAUAUUAUGUACUCUAGAAAAAUAUAAUUAUUUUAAAAACAAAAUAGAGAGGAAAAAUUUUUGGUGAUAGAAAAAAGUACCGAAAAGAUCCAUGGGGUACCGUGGGACUUGUUGGUCAUAGUCAUAAAAAUUUAAAUCGAACUAGAUCAAGGAAUUAUCUUGAUGAAUUUAUGUGACAUUUACGAUGACAUUUACGGUGAUCUAAGGGACUCGCGGCAGACAUCUGGAAAACAUUGGGUCGGCGGACUCAUAGCAAAGGGCCGGCCAUAGCGAUGCAGCUGUGCAUAGAGAAACACAUAGUUUCUUAUUUUGUUACUCUUAGUCUUUUUAUCUUUCUUACUCUUUUAACUUGACCAUUCGUUUUCACAUACCCUUGCAAUGGGAAUUCAUAGCAAACCCAAAAUGAGCUAGAUGAACACAUAUGUAUACAAAACAGUAUACAAGUGAAUACAUGUAUCUGUUCGUACAUAAUAAUAUAUUAUUAUGUUGGGUGUGCUUUGAAUUACCCAGGCUGAUUUAAUUAAAUAAAUAAGAAAAGAAAAUUCUUAAAUCUAAGUAUGGUGGAGUGGUGAUUCAGGUGUACCGAUUGUUACAUCUCUACCCCCAGAGUCGUCAUCGCCCUCGAUGACUUUAAUUUAUGCAAAAUGCUUAAAUAUAAGUAAUUAAAACUGGUCAACAUGAAUCACCAAUCAACAAAAUACAAAAAUAUUAAUUAUUUAAGAAAAUUAUGUUGGGGUAUAUAUAUAUAUAUAUAUAUAUAAAACUCUUGGGAUAAGACGAUCAUUGCAUGGUGUUCGUCUCAAGUUGCGUCGGUCUCCUUUCUUCCCCCUCUUUCUUAAGGGAUAGUUCAUUCGGGGUGUUGGUAGUAUGUUUCAGUUGUUUUAGGCAUUUUCGUUCCUUAAUAGAUUUUCGUUUUGGUGGUGGAAACUUCUUCGGCUUGAUUGGUCCUUCUCGACUCCUACCCUUCUUGACUUUUCGAGUCCUCCGUGGAUUUAAAUAGCCGUGAUUUUUCCUUUAACGUCAUUAUCAGUUUUCUCUUGUCGUGACAAGUCAAGUGUAGUGGAAGUUUCAAGUGUAAAUCAUGAGUUCAAUUAUAAAGGAAGAGGUUGACUUAGUGGAAGAAAUCGUUGUUGAAGAGAUUCCAGCUUCUCAACCGGACGAGCCAAUCUCCCUCGUGAUGUCGGGACCUGUCGAGGUGGGGCCCGCUGUACAGGAAAUUCAGGUGUUCGCGCCGGCAUCGUCAUCGGGAUCCACGGUCACUGUGUACCAGAUCGAGGACCGAGAAGAUCAGGUGUAUCGGCCUGAUACAUCGCGAUACGAGCGAUGGGUUCGAUGUCCAGAGCCGACUGUGCAAGAACCUGUACAGAUUACUGAGCCUCAACUGUCCACUUCAGGGUCGGUGAAACGCUCGGCAAAAAGGAUUCGGGGCCCGCGUGUGGUUCCAGCGAAAAGAGCCUGCCCACCAGCGAGAGGGAAGUUUUUGGAGCUGGGGCGCGUGUACGUAGCUAUGGGGGACCCGAAGAUCGUCAGGGUCCCAUUCAGAGUGACAUUCGUUGAAGGUCACAUGUAUCCGAUCCCUUUCUGCGAUCCGCUGGUUGGAUUGCUGUCACCCAUGACAUCAGUCGAAGCCAGCUGGUUGGUGUCAGCGAUUCCAUGGACCCUCAUGGAACAUUUUGAGUUUGAAACCAUAGUGGCGUUGGUAGCGGGAUUGUGUCCGGUCCAUUUAUGGAAUAUCCUGGAGAUGGCACCUCUUCGAGUCAGAGCAGUUCUGGAAGAGUUCUGGGAGGAGUGCAAGCCGUCAGUGCCUCUCUGCGUAUAUUGUGGCCAGGGCCAUGUCACUUCAUGAUGUGUUUCUUGGAACGUAUAUUUUGUUGGAUAUUUUAUAUUUGUAUACACAAAUUUUGCGUUA